ACCAUGACCACUUCCAAACUUAUUGCUUGCGCUUUAUUUAUUACAGUAACAUUGAUAUUACUUGGUUACUAUAGCAACAAGCACAACAACAUUAGCAUAUCAUCAGAAUCACACAACGUACCAUUUGUUAUUUGGCCAUUUCAACAAGAUUUGGUGACAAAACAGAGUCUCUACACACCCUAUACAAUAUCACCAGAUCAUUAUGUUGCAGCGAUUAUCGAAGGAAAGACAACUGAGGAUGUUCAGGAAGUGGUUAAUUAUCUAUCAAAAUAUCCUUAUAUCCAAGAGAUCUAUGUGUACAAUCGUACUGGCAUAUCUCUUGGUGAUAACAAUAAGAGAUUGAAUAUAAAAGAAAGUACGGGAAAGACAAAAUUUGAAGCAUGUGUCGACAGUCGAUUGAAUCGAUGCUAUUUCCAAGACAACAGUUGGCUUAACCCUUAUAUGGAUUCAUUAUAUACACAUGCAGUACGACAUCCCGAUCAAUGGAUUGUGAACACAAGGUUAUCUGAUACGAUAGAUACAAUGACAUGGCGAUUUAGAACAGAAAGGAUACAUACUGGAUACGCUGAUCUGCGGUAUGGCGCGUUUGUAUCCAAGGAUCAAGUUCAACAGUUUUUAGACAACAGUGCCUUCGAUCAUACGAACGAUGUUCAUUUUGCUAUUGGGCUUGGUCAGUAUCCUUAUAUCAUAUCUAAUCCUAUCACCACAACAGGCAAUAGUCAGUUUGAGAUGAUAGGUGAUAGUAAAGAUAGAGAACAAGUAGCAGGUCAAGUGUAUGACGCACUUUUACUACUUGAUAAAUCCAGUACACAAAGAGAGAAUAACGGAGAAGCGCAAGUGAUGGAUGUGAAGAGUAGUUGUAUAAAUGAUCAGUGUUUAUUUAUUACAAGCAUAGAUACAAUACCCCCUAUACCACCAGUGACAUUUGAUUUUCAGUAUGCCAAUAUGAUAUCUUAUGAGAGCGUAUUCAACAAACAAGUGCAUUUACCUGCCAAGAACACAAUACUUUACCAUUCUUAUCAUAAAGCAGUUGAUCUGGAUACAGAAACAUGCUGGUACUCUUACAGAGUACCUAAAAAAGAUGAUUACUUUGGUCUUUAUAUGGUUGGAGACAUGCUAGCCAAAAGGAUUACUCUGUACACCUCUGAAACACUGGAUUCAAAUGAUUUACAAGUUCAUGUCCAGCAUGAACUGUAUGGAUCAUGGCAAGAAUGCAGCAUACGUCGAUUUUCUCAGCUAAGCUAUGGUAUCAAAAUAGACAUUGACUGUACUCGACCUACUGUCAAAUCAAUUCGAUUUGUCUUUACAAGGGAUCUUCAUCAGCCCUUUGAACUCUGCUCGAUAGCACUCGAUAAUUUUUUUAUUUAAUAAAACAGAGUUACACACGAG